AUGGCUGACCGCAUCGGAGAAUCUGAAGACAAUACCGCUCCACAGUCUUCCUCGUCUUCCAAACCCUACUUGUACUUCUCAAUAGAAAAUAUAUUGAGCAAUGAGACAUUUGGGUCUCAAAAGGAAAUCCGAAAGGAGUCCCCACAGAAGAAUGGAAGUCUCACAAUGGAGAAUAUAGGAAAGUCCUCGAUGCAAACGUUAUUCAUGCGUCUGCCUUGGCUCGCCUAUACGCGGUACUGUCCCCCGAAGAUUCCAAGUAAGUAACCGUUUUAUUUUUUCAAGCGGAUGAACAUUUUUCUUCCUUUUUUCCUCCUCUCUUUUAUCAGUCUUUUGUUCUUUUCAGUUGUUGUGCACCUAUACAAUUAUGAGACUGUAAGGGAAGUAAAUGUUUUUUUUAUAUAUAUAAUCCGCGUCUUCGUAUCCUACACUCUUAAGUUAAUCAAAGGGGUUCCCUACUCGAAGAACUCAUGGCUUGUUUAAAGUAUGUAGAUAUGACUAGCUUUUUGCUAGUAAACUAUUUUGUACACGUGGAUACAUUCACACACCAUAUCCUUCAGGUUCGAUAACCUUUGAGCGUAAUCGCUUCUGUAAUCCCUCAAGGCGCUUAAGCGUACCAGCAAAUCUACUGGCAAACAUGAGCAAAAAACUUUUUCUUUGUCAAACAUGCCUAUUAUCUUGAUAGGUUUUUGCAGUAGGCCAUAUUAGUUACAUCCAUUUUGCUUUCGGUUUCCCUUAAUGUAUCUUAGUUCUAAUACGUUUGUUUAGCUCCUUUUGCGUUUAGGUAAAACUUUCUUCACAAACCGCAACUCAUUAACAGAAGACAACAAAAUAGGGCAUGUUGACCUUUCUUUCCUAGGCUGAAUUGAUAAAUAGUGCUAACUCUUGAUUCUGUAGACAAAAACCAUUGGUGUCACCAUUAAAGUGAAACCUUUUUGACAGUACUUUUGCAUGGCAAUAUUUGUUUUACAGUAUUUUGAAAAAUAAAUUGAACAUUUUUCUUUAACUUGUUUGUGGGGCACUCUAUGGAGUAAAGCGUGCACCUUCAGUCAAGGACUCGUUCGAUAGCGAAAUGUUAAACAGUUGCAAAUGACUGUUGUGGCCAUGAAACACUUCCUUGAAAAUAACGAGGUCUUUUGUUCUAGCACGACCGAAAAAGUCCCCGAAUUUCUUUAGCUAAGAUAAGUUCUUCUCGUGCUGGAGAUAUAAUUGCAACGAAAAUGGGUGUACAUGUCACAAGAUCGGGUUCUCUUUUCGGAGAAAUAUGUCUUAGGAAUCGUCCAAACGAAUUACCGAUGUAAUGUAUACUAGUAUGAACCUGAGGUGGAAGACACUAGUUCCCCACUUACGAAUAACUGAUUAUAACAGCACAAAAAUUGGCUUACCUUGUAAGCGGGAACCGCGAUUUGUGAUUAUCAAACAGUCAAAUUCGCAUUUGUAUUUAGUAUGCAAUAUAUUUUAACGAGAUUAUUCGCGGUGAAAUUAGCCACCAAUUAUAAUCGCCUUUUUUACUGUAAUAUGUACGAAACCCAUAAAACAUAAAUCAUAGUAGCCUUUUCACUCCUAAAGGGAAAAAAAUCAAUUUUUUUCUGUAAAAUCCUUAGCGAUGAAUAGCACUAUACAAAAGUUCUGUUAAAGAGGUUUUAUUUGAAUGAUAACACCAUAGGAUUUCGUCCACAGAUGUAAAAGUUGGAGAAGCAAAUAACCGUAUUGAGCCAAGCAGUGAAAGGUUUAAGAAAACCUGUCUAGGAUGUUUUGCAAAGAGGAGUGUCUCCCUUUGUCAGAAAUGAUUCGGUACUUCAUUUUUGUUUUUCUGUUCGUUGAAGGAGUGCCUUUAUGAUUUCCUGUCUCCAACAAAACCCUCUAUUGAAAUGGUCUCAAGCCCUUAAUCCUUUUUAUUGCUUUUUAUUAUCGGCACACUGUGUCUAAGAGGUAAUUUUUGUUUAGGCUAAUUUUGUCCAAAGUCCUCUCGCCAUUCAGUUGGGAAAAGUGACAACUGAAGGGUGUAUACUGAAAAUCUGUUUUUGUACAUAUAUACGCCUUUUAUGACUAAUCCACAGUCCAAAGUUCACCCGCUCCAAGUUCUACACUGAGGUUAACUUGUACGUAUGCAAAAUGAACGAAACAUUGAAGUUGAUAUUUUUUUCAUCUCCGGUUCCAUAAGAACGCAGACUUAUCAAUAGUUGUUUUAAAACGAAAAUAGGGUUGAUGAUAAUAGGUAAAAGUGGGUUUACAUGAAUUUCUUUAAUAAGGACUGUGUCGGUCAAAAAAUAGUUCUAAGCAGUUUGCCCCUGUUUUGCUAUAUCUUUAAUGUAUUAGAAAUAGAGACUUUCUGACAAUUUUUCACUUGGCCUAGUCCCAUACCCAGCGCUACCCGUCAAUUUUCCCAAAAGGUUAUAAAUUUCAUUACAUAUUUUCGAUCAUUUAAACCAGACGCACUAAACCCUACACAGGGACCGCCUCUACCCACUAGACUGAAACACAAUAGAGGUACAGCCGCAGAACACGUGUUAUCAUAUAGUUUAUUAUCACGCUUUCACUCAGUCCAUGAUACGAAGCUUAUUCUGAUUAAGGAAUCACCUUGGCGUUUAAUUUGGGUAUCUAACAUAGCAAUAAUAAUAAUACUUCUAAAAAUUCAAAGGUAGUUCAACUCUUACGAUGUUUUACAAUCUCUUUGAAGCGCACGAUCAAGUUUCACGCAAACUGGUCCUCACGACAAAAAUAAAGAAAGAGACAAUCAAAGCAAAACAAAACAAUCUAGAAAAAGGAGUGUUUUUAAUUUCUGAGCUCGCGAUACUCUGGCCUGUUUGAAACACAAACCUUCUACACGGACUGAAAAAUGGUAUAUUGUACUAACUUUUACCUAAAUAUUACGGACAGCUUGCUUUGUCUCUGGAGAAAGAAAGCUCUCAAAUUUUCUCUAAAUUGUACCUGCUUAACACGGACACCCCGUCAGCGUCCUUACUGACGGGACCUGUCCGUACACAGUUAAAGGAGAAAAAGAAAAGUUCUCGUCUUGUUAAAGCACGAUAAGUUAGUAAUCUCUACAGACUCUAUCCCAAUCUUCCUUCAUCUUGCUUCUUUAUAAUUUCCUCUAGUCAUUAUUUCGUUACUGUUUUUUAAUCUCAGAGAAACUUUGCCAGUCAGCCUGGAAACGCCUUUUUUUAAAUAAUUUAGUUGAGUACCCCUGACAUGAAGCACUAAUGUACUCCUUAAUGUAAAAUCUAUUCCUUUCUUCAGGAUCCAAACCAAGAAAAGGGACUCGCAAACAUAAACUCGACAGAAAUCCACGAAUUCCGUUUUCGUCCACGCAACUAGCCUCCUUGGAAGCCAAGUUUCUUCAAACCCAGUAUCUCUCGGGCUCAGAAGUCCGUGACUUGUCAAACAGCCUAAGAGUUACCGAACACAGAGUAAAGAUUUGGUUUCAGAACAGGAGAGCACGAGAAAAAAAGAACCAAGCAAUGGGCGUGGUCACUUCUGGGCCAACACGGUGUUAA